AUGACUGAGAAGAUCAAUGAAAGCAGGAACAACGAAUUAGUGCAUUACGUGGGACCAAAAAUAUUUGCAUAUUUGUCUUACGAGACUACGCAAGAGAAAUUAUUGAGUCAAUCCCAGCAUUAUUUUUUGGACAUUUCCAUCGACGAAUUAAAAUAUAAAUAUCAUCACACAUUUUCUUUAGAACAAAUUUUAGUGUAUAAGCUUGAAGAUUAUUAUAACGAGUAUAUAGCAAAUGAAAAAUCAGUCAUCGAAGUAUUACAAGCAAUAGACGUCAACAGACAAACAAGAGCGAAUCUAAUAGAAAAACUAUCUAAUAUAAGUCCUAAAAAGAAAAUUGACAUACGAUUUGAUCCUACAAUUAUUAAGUACACAGAAGCUAUGUUAAGUCUGAAAAAAGAAUACUCUAGUAAAAUUAAACAAAAGCGUAAGCUGCUUAAAAUUAUAUUGGCAUUAUGGACAGAUAUAAAACAUGUACGACAAACAUUAGAUACAGUACAAUUACCGCAUAGAUUAGAAGUUAAAAAGGUUUUUUUAAGCGAUGAAGAUUAUUCAAAGAAAUGGAAUGAUAUUUAUUUAAUCGAAUAUUCCGAUAUGCUUAUUAAGUUAGAACAUGAAUACGUCAUUAAAUAUUUAGAGUUUAAGAACUAUAAAAAUCAGAGUGACAGUGUCGAUAAAAUAAAGCCAAAAUUAAAAAUCAAACCAGAUGAUAUACAAAGAACCGUAGAGAAGGAAAUACAUUUAUUAAUUAGUCCGGAAGAUGUUGCUGUAGAAUUACGUUUGGACUGUAUAAAAGACAGUAAAAGGAAAAGUGAAUAUGAUGAAAUUGGUAAACAUUUAUAUUUAAAAGUGUACGUUGAUGAUAUAUUUGUCUGCGAGUGUAAACGCCUUGUGGUCAACGAUUAUUCAAACAUUGAAUACCAAGAUAGUAUAACUUUGCAAAUUUUGCCAAAUAAUGCAUCCUUAAAGUUUAUUCUAUGUGACAGUGAUAACGAAAUUUCGUCAGUUAUAGUGGAUAUAAACGAUGGUCGAGAAAAUUCUAAAAGAGGAAUAGUGACAGAGAAGAAGUUUGUUGAUCAAAGCAAAAUAGUAACGCCUACUGAGAGAUCCAUUGGGAGUGGUUUUCGUAUACUAAACAUUGCAUCAAUUACUAACAAUAUAUGCACUGGUCAAGUAAUGAAGUCGCAUAUUACAAACUUUCUUGAUCAAAUAGAUGUCGAUAGAUUCAAAUUAUUAUCAUUGAGAAAUAGUGGAAGUUUUGGUAAUAUAAAAAACAAAGUGGUGCCCCUUUUUCAAUCACAAAUAACAACAGAGCAAUUUAAUGUUUUACAAAAGAGUAAAAAAAAUAUAUUAGAUGAUGAAUAUCUUGAAAGUAGAGAUGCCAAUCCAAACAUAGAUCCAAUAAAUAUGCAAAGGCAUAUGGGAAAAAGAUACAUUGAACAGUUACAUACAAAAUUGGAAAUGGACCUUCGUGAAAGACUCAUGAGGAAGACUCACAAAGAUGUUGUUAUUGACUAUGAAAGUGUCAAUUUGAGAAGUUUUCUUUGUAUGAAACCAAAUAUAUCGCUGGGGACACAGUCAAGCCUAUCUAAAAUACAAUACAUGGAAGAAGCACUCGCAACGGAACAAGAAAUUCACAUUCAUAUAUUACGAGCUUUUAAUUUGUACGAUCGUAGUCUUGACGAUACGGAAGGACCCAGUAGUAUUGCUGGGUAUAAAUUACGCACUGUGAGACCUUUUGUAAAAAUCAGUUACCAUGGCGAGUCGGUUCAGACACCCGUGGCGAUUGGUUGCAACCCCACUUGGAAUUAUACUAAUACAAUUAAAACUAAUCUCAAGCCAUUAACUUCAAUUCAUAUUGACGUCUUCGACGAACAUAAAAUGCGUAUCGGCGAAGAAUCUGAUGAGUUACACCAAUCAUAUCGAUGUUACAACAAAUGGUUAGGAUCUCUUGAAGUACCAAUUAAAACAGUUUUAAGUUAUGGUUCCGUCAGGGGGACGUUGAAGAUGACUACGCCUCCGAUUAUUUUAGGUUAUCAAAAUGAAAAUGAAGACAAUAAAAUGGAAAUCUCCGAAAUAAACCGUCUCAUGAGAAAGGACGUAGCCUUUUUAUCGUUGUGCAUAACUACAAGUUUAUCAAAGUUAGGAGAGAUGCAUUUCUACAAUCUGCCAACUGAUCCUGAUGACCACAUAAUCAGACAUUUAAAUAAUUUCGUUACCGAGUACCAGAACAACUUUCCAAACAGAAAUAUAUCUCUCACCUUAAUAGAUAGUGCUGGGAAAAAUAAAUGUGUAACUGAAUUUAUUCAGCCAUUACCACUGCCGGAAAUAAUUUUAAGUUACCCAAAAAGAUCUGGAUCGGCAUCCAGAAGUUCUAAAAGUUCAUCGUCGAAGAGAUCAGAUUCUAAUAUUGAGGAAACUUUUAAGUUAUCAAGACCAGUAGAUGGCGGAAUUUUAGAAAAGAUGGAUAUAGCUAGACGAUACGUGUCAUUGAUACCAACAUAUGAAAUUGUUCAAACCUGCUGUGUUACCUUAUCGGGCAUCGAAUUAUUAAAAGUCCUAAUUGGAUCGCCGCUAGACCACGCAUUACUUUUGGCCAGUUAUUUUAUCGGUAUGGGUAUAAAAUGUUGGAUAGUUAUUGGGUACGGCUUACCGCGUGGUCAGAGUAGCUAUGUUUUAGUAAAGUACCAUGGCGACGUGGUGGUUACGAUUGACUAUCCUGAAAGUAAGGGAUUUUUCAAUAAAAGUGAAUUCGAAUAUUAUAUUUUUGAUGCGGUUAACGGCGAAAGAUAUAAUGUUAGAGAGGGGUGUCCUUUGAAAACAGCUAGCUAUGUUUUUAAUAAUGAAAACAUUUGGGCAAACAUUCAAUCUUACCAGGAGUGUGGGAAUUUAUCUUUUGAUUUUACAAAAUCUAUGGACUGGCAAGUGGUAUUCAAUAAAUACGUUUUUGUACUAAGUAAACCUGCUGUAAAGUUCGUGUAUAACGCACCCGGAGAUAUUGAACUUUUAAGGAGUAACUUAGAAAACAAAAUUAAAGUAAAAAUACAAAAAUGGAGGUGGAAUGUCAAAACUAUUUGGAACAGAUAUUUAAGUAAUUUAUUACGCGAGUCUUUGCCACAUUGGGAAUAUUGGAGUUUCAAUAAACAUGCAGAGAAACCUGUAUUUGGACAACGAUUGAAACAGAUGUUACUGACAUACAGGAUAUUUGGGUUCCCGAUGAACGUACCAUAUACAGACACAAAAUCUGUCGUUAAAAAGGUGAAGUCCACGAUGUUUUACCUAAGCGGCGAUCCUAACGCCGAGUUCGGAUUAGCUGUAGACGUGUUUGCGUAUCCUAACAAUGUUCUUAGUGUUUGGAUCUUUCUAGCAAAUAUGUCUAGAUUAUGA